AUGAGCUACUCCACCAACUGCGACGAAGGCCAGGUGAUCCUAAGUUGCUCGCACGUCUUCCACGCCCGAUGCUUUCGCUCCUUCGAGCGCUACGUGCGCGCUCAGCAGAGAGCUGAUGCCCUUCGAAUUGGCGAGGUUAGCGCCCCACUGGCGUGUCCGGUGUGCCGCACGCAGAGCUACUAUAAGCGCAUCUUUUACGAGGGCAAGGCGGUAGCGCAACGAGCGGCCAUCGUCAAGGUACAAGCCGCUGUCCGCGGUCUCCUCGCGCGGCGCGCCUACAUCAAGAUAAAACUGCAGAACAACCCAGAGUUUCGCACGCGUUAUGUGCAGGAACGUCUCGCCCGUCUGUCUGCUGCAUGGCAAACUUUUUGUGCUGAGCAGGAGCAACGUCGAGCGGGUUUGCAAACAGCACUCACCGUGCAACAGGAGAUGGCUCGCGCAGCCUUCCUGAGUGAAGAGGCAUGGGCGGAGAUCUGGAGGAAGGCAGUGCAUGGCCCGUCCACCUCCAGCGAACCUGGAAGUUCGGCAGCUCCGUCAACGGCUGGCGCGUCGGUGCAGUGCCCUAUAUGCCUGGAGCUCAUUCACUGCUCGCAGUGUCCCGGCACCGGGGCCGCCGCAUCUCAUGCAGGUGGGGUGCGCCGUUUGACUGGAAAGGACGCUGUGGCGGCGAUGUGGGCGGCCUACGAAGCUCGAAAGGUGGCCAAACGUCUUCCGUCUGUCGAGCCGAAAGCGGCAAGGGCGUCUGCUGGCGCGCUUGUGAGAUCUGCGGUGAAAGGUGCAGCGCAGCGCAAGACGGGCAACUCAUUGACCCCUAUGCCCGGAGCUGUAGCCUCGGUAAGGGACGGAAAAGUUGCAUCGUCGCGCGCACCAGAGCACCGAGCAGGACGCCAGAAAGGAUUUGCUCAACCGACAGCUGCCGCGCCGUGGCCUGAGCAUGCGAAUGCAUUCGCUGCACUGUCGUCUGCCCCGGGAGUGGACGCGGUGGGCGCUCACGAGGCUGCCGUGGUGCUCCCGCAGAGUGGAAUCCUGCUGAGUUGCGGUCACUGCUUCCACGCCGCGUGCAUUGACUGCUACGAGCGCUUCCAUGAGCGGCGUUGCUUGGACAUGGUAGAGCAAGAUGGUGGAGCAGUCGUCGCUUUUCCGAGCCGCUGCCCCGUUUGCCGCUCCGGCUACGCCAAACACCCGAUGUAA